CUCUAGCAAUAAACUAGAAUUUACUGAAGAUCAUUGUGCUGGUUUAGAGCUGGGAUCUUUAAACCAAGAUCAAGAUGAAGAUUAUUUUGAAACACAAUCUCAUUUUAGUGAAAGUCCUUCAGAAUUAAAGAGUGAAGUGUUCGAAAGCAUUUCAGAUACAGAGUCAAUUUCAAGUGAAACAGAAGGACCAAGUAAAAUAUCUGUUUGCUUUUUCCAGGAUAAAGCAGAAACGUCAUAUUUAACUCCUCAGAAGGACAAUAUUCAUCCCACCAUCACAUAUUUCUCCAAAGAAAAUGAACAUGACCAGCCAGACUUGGAAGAGCUUCCCGCCAGUCUACAUACAAAAGUAAAUUUCACCCACCCAAUUUUGACAUCUGAAACUAAAGUGCAAUGUUUAAAGGAUGCCCAGGAUAAAGGGAACACUAUAAUAGAUAACUCAAAAUUAAGACAUGAGUUAAAGAGUGAAACAGCACUUAAAGAAUUAUAUGGAAACGUGAGAAAUAAAGAGGAUUAUCUGGAAUGUUUGGCCAGUUCAAGGGCAAAUGGAGAAAGGAGAACUGUUACAUUAACUAAUACUAAUCUCAUAUCAAAAUCUGAUAACAAUGUUCAUGGUGCAAUAGCAAAAACAACUCCCAUGUGUAAAACUGAAUGCUGUGAAAAUAUUUCUAAUGCGCAUGGUCAUCAAAUCAAUUGUUCAAAUAUUAAUCAAAAUAGUAACUCUGAAAUUACAUGCAUACAAUAUAAAAAUGUUCUGAGUCAGCAAUUACUUGGAAACCAAUCAAGAUCUUCUAUAAAGUCAUUGUGUGAAAAAGGGCUCAGUUUAGACUUAUCUUCCACACCUGAGCAUUCCAAUGAAAGAUUUUUAAUGUGCAGAAAUGUUGAAACAGAAAAACAAGUUAAUAGCAAUAGAUUUUACAAGGACAAUAGUCAUUUAUCUGGUGCGUCAAACAGCAUCAACACUCCUCAGCUAAAUCUAGGGGAAAAUGCAUUAUCUGCUACCAACAUAGAUGCUUUAAAUGAAACCCUUGGCAAAGGAAUAGAUUCUUGUCAUAAUAAAACCAAUUACCAAGAUGUGUGCACAUCAGAAUCUGAUAUAAAUGACUCUUGUGAUAGGGUAGGUAUAAAUGUAACACAAGCUGUUCAUGAAACAAAUAAUUACAGUUCAGAAACGUGCCAAAACAAAUCAGAGAAGCAGAAAAUGCUUUUAACAGGUGACAGUGACACCUCAAAGACACAUAUAAUCAACAAGGAGCCUGUUAGAGCCAAUAAUUUUGAAAAGGUGAAUCCUUGUUCUACAACAAAACAUAUGACUCAAAAUUUGAACUCUAAACCUUCUCUUAUUAUAAUUUCCAUUGAGCAGUCAGGAGUCCAAGCAACAAAGAAGAAAAGGAAAAAUAAUUCUACAAUAGAGGAAGAACGGUUAGAAGUCUGCCCUGCAUCAAUUACCUUUGAAGAUGACAACAUUGCCAAAAAUGAAAAAUUGAACCAAGAGUUAUCUUGUGAUGCAUACAAAUCUAAUGAAAUCAUAAAUCAACUGAAUCAAAUGGAAGAGUUAGACGUUAAAGACAAUACAGAGAACAAAACUUCUGAAAUCAUAACUCUUACAAUACCUUCUCUAUCAUCAACUGAAAACAAAGAGAAGCAUAUAGGCAUUCCACAAGAAGUGUGUAGUAGUCAAUUGUUAGAUACAAUGUUACAUAGGACUCGCUCAGAAAAUAAUGCGGCAGAAGGGAAGAAGAACAAUAUUUACAAAGCACCUAUUUCUGGCAAAAAAGAAUUGCAGCCAAUAAAAGAUGGAAUGUUAGAUGAACACAACAAUGUAGAGAUUAUGGACCUAAUAAAUACCCCUAAAAAUGUUAACAUUUACACAGAAGAAAUUAUCAGCAGCAAUGAAGUCCAGUCUGAAAAUGGCGAAAUAGCUAGUGAAAAAUCACCCAGGAAAGAAAACAGUGACAAUAUAUGUGUAAUGGUAUCAAAUAAUAUGCAUACAUUCAGUGAGGAAAACCAGGAUGAAUCAAAUGGAUCCAUUGCACAGAAUGAAACAGAAAAUGCAGACACUGAAAUCCUGGAACAGGACUUAUUAAGCACCUGUAUUAGUACCAACAUUAAAGAAAUACAGCACAAUACGGCGUAUUCUAUGACAAAUUAUAAUUUUAGUUUAGUAGAUACAGACAAAGAUUUAACGGAUAAUGACAGAUCAUUGGAUUUGGCGAAAGUCUCCAAAGAUGAGGAAAAACAACAAACCAAAAUCUUGCAAACAGAAACUAUUGAAAAAGAAUGCAAAUAUCUACCAUCAUGUAAAUUGCCUGUAACAAAUAGAAAUAACAUUAAAUCAUAUGGUACACAUUUAGCAAAUGUAUACAAAGAUGAGACUUGUUCAGAUCUCUCUGAUGAUGAGUUCUAUGAAAAAAGUUUUUUAUAUAACAGGAGUAUGAGAAAGGCAUCAGGACCUGGACGAAUUGACUUAGACAAUUUUACAAGGUUUAGAAACAGUGUGUCAAAUUUAACUGUGCCUGAUAUAACAGAAGUCACACAUGGUCAUGAUGUGAACAAAGAACACUCAGAAAAUAAUGAACUGAGAAGUAGUAAACCUGGAGAAAGCAAACCAUUAAAGGAGAGGUUAUCACGGGCACAUAAGUCUUUCUCUAGUCUCUUUGAUUUCAUAAAUCUGGAAAACAAAACUCAGAGUUUAGAAAGUCCUUCUAAAGAUGAAAAGAAAUAUCAAAAAACACCGAACUCUUCACUAAGACCACCAAGAAAAAUCAAGGACAAAGAUUCAAGAAGACUAAGUGUGCUGACUUUAUCAACACACAUUAAGAACCAAAACAGGUCAAAAAGACCGUCCAAGGAGAAACAGGAAAAUGUUAGUGAAAAUAGUAACACGUCACCAGUUUUGGAUCGACAUAACAAUUCUUUUACAGAAAGUAAAAAUGAUAACGGCACAGAUUCUAAUGAAGAGAGUUGUGUACAAGUAAAUACGGACAGUCCAGUGGCUGAUAAAGUAGAUAUAAAUUGUGCUCUUACUUGUGGCGCUAUCAUGGAAACGACUUGUAAGGAAUUAACUGUUUCUACCCAAAAUCUAAAUGUGGAGCAGAUAACACAUAAACAGCCUCUAAUAAUGUCUCCUAUUCAUGCAUUAUCAAAUUAUGAUACAAAUUUAAUGCCCAGUAGACCAAUGAGCCCAAAACCACAGAGCCAAUUGUCUGUCUUUCAACGCAAGGGUUUUCGUAAUUCUACUAGUGCCAUAUCUAUGACAUCUCUAGGAAACCUCUCUCCCGUAGACGGGUAUACAGAUUCACCAGGAAAACUUAUAACAUUGUCACCGUGGGCUGAAGAUUCUUUGAAUAUGGCAUGCCAAAAGGAAAGCAGCAGUGCUACUGGGCGGUCACAAGCCAACUUAAACACUGCCUCUUCACUAAGUGACAUACUAACAGAUGAUGAUAAUAAACAACAAAAUCAAACCAUAAAGAGUCCAAAGGAGAAACGUGCCCUCCUUCCCAAGAGGAGACCAUAUGAAUUGUCUUCUGAGAGCCCUUUUAUGGAUUAUCAAAAUAAAACCAUGACGUUACCCCUGAUGAUAUCAGUCAGACACAAAACGGAUUCAAAGAAAACAAAGCUCAAAACAUUGGUCAAGAGCCACAGCUGUGAUGAUCUAUGGGUAGAUGACAGGACACGACACAUGAAGCUAGAAAAUUCAGACAGGAGUGCACAAGCAGGGAGUGUCCUGAAGAACGAGUUAAAAGGUAGAAUGAGAACGUCUACUAAACAUCCAGAAAUAUUUCGUAUUAUGCCACAAAAGUUGAACUUAUUUUCUCAGAGUACCCCAUCCAGACUUGAUCUCAUUGGCCAAGUAAGACGGAUCUCAUUUCCAGUAAUAACUGAUGGAUCAGUCGAUAGACCUGCCCCUUAUGAUGACAUGGGAAGUGAUGAAGACUUCUAUGAAGACUUUCACAUUUCCAAUCUUCGAUUUGGUGGAGGUGGGGAGCAACUGGCGAUUAAUGAGCUUAUAAGUGAUGGCAGUGUGGUAUAUGCAGAGGCUCUAUGGGAUCAUGUCACAAUGGAUGACCAAGAACUGGGCUUCAAGGCCGGCAGUGUCAUUGAAGUAAUGGAUGCUUCCAACAAGGAGUGGUGGUGGGGGAGGAUUCUAGACAAUGAAGGAUGGUUUCCUGCCAGCUUUGUGAGGCUUCGAGUUAACCAGGAUGAGCCAAUUGAAGAAUACAGCACAAAACCUGGUGACAAAGACAAAGAUGCCAGGAAUACAUUGAGACGUCAUGGAUUUGGACAAACAAACAAAGACCAAAUGAGGACCAAUGUUAUCAAUGAGAUCUUAAAUACAGAGAAGGAUUAUAUCAAACAUUUAAAGGAUAUUUGCGAGGGUUAUAUCAAGCAAUGCCGGAAGAGAGCUGAUAUGUUUACAGAAGAGCAACAAUGGACAAUAUUUGGAAACAUUGAAGAUAUAUACAAGUUCCAGAAGAAAUUCUUGAAAACUCUAGAAAAAAGAAUAAAUAAAGAUGCCCCACAUUUAAGUGAGAUUGGUUCUUGCUUUUUGGAAUAUCAAACAGAUUUUCAGAUUUACUCUGAAUACUGCAACAACCACCCUAAUGCCUGUACAGAACUUUCCAAGCUCUCCAAGGUGAAAAAGUAUGGUUAUUUUUUUGAGACAUGUCGCUUGGUGCAAAAGAUGAUUGACAUCUCUUUGGAUGGGUUUUUGCUGACACCUGUACAGAAGAUUUGCAAAUAUCCUCUACAGCUGGCUGAACUUUUGAAGUACACUAAUCCCCAGCACAGGGACUAUGCAGAUGUUGAAGCGGCUUUGAAUGCCAUGAAAAAUGUUGCAAGGCUGAUAAAUGAACGGAAAAGAAGGCUUGAAAACAUUGAUAAAAUUGCCCAGUGGCAAAGUUCUAUUGAAGAUUGGGAGGGUGAAGAUAUUCUUGCAAGAAGCUCAGAACUUAUACACUCUGGAGAAUUGACCAAGAUUUCCCACCUUCAAUCAAAGGGGCAACAAAGGAUAUUCUUUCUCUUUGAUCAUCAAAUUGUGUAUUGUAAAAAGGAUAUCCUGCGACGUGACAUUCUGUACUACAAAGGAAAUAUUAACAUGGAUGACAUGGAUGUGAUUAACGUUGAGGAUGGUAAAGACAAAGAUUUCAAUAUUAAUGUGAAAAAUGCAUUUAAACUGAAAAGCAGAUCCUCAGAGGAGAUUCAUCUUUUCCUUGCAAAAAAGCCAGAGCAGAAGCAGCGAUGGUUGCAAGCAUUCGAUGAGGAAAGGAAGCAGGUUAUUUUAGAUGAAGAAACAGGUUUUCGGAUAAGUGAAAUCAGAAAGAAACAGGCAAUGGUCAAUGCAAAUAAACCUCAGCAGACAGGAAAGCCUAAAGCUGUUAAUAGGACAUACUAUGAUUUCUGGAUGAGACAGAAGCAUCCCACACUGCCGGCCAACCUCCCACAGCAACAAGUCUUCAUGCUAGCAGAGCCCAAACGUAAGCCCUCCAACUUCUGGCAGAAUAUCAGCCGUCUGACUCCUUUCAGAAAAUAACAGCAUUGUGUUUCACUCUUGCACCCUGUACAAAGAACGCACUUUACCCUCAGUUGACUAAGUGCCCGUGCCUGGAACUCAGAAUUUCCCUUUGUAAAGUCUGGCACUGGCUGGUACAUUAUUCUAUAUUUAUUUUUUUUUUUUAAAAACAGAGUUGUACAUUUUACCAUUUUUGUUGCUGCCUUUGCUAUGGUCAGGUGACCCCUUUCGAAACUGUAAUUUCUCUAAUGCAAAAUUAUUUUACCACGUAUUUUCCAGACAAAUCUGUUGUAGUGUAUAGAGAAUCAUUCAAUACAUUAUGUAAUGUCUGUAUCUAACACACAGUAUGUUUUGAACAUAAUACUAAUGUCUUUGAAGCCUACUUUUUUAAGAUGAGACAUUAUUGUGUUCUAUGGAUUGUGAGAAAUAUCAAAGACAUUAGUUUUUAACCAUUUGUUAUACUUUUUUUUAAACAUGCUAUGAUAAGAGCCAGUGUGGUGAUACAGUGCCAAUCAAGAUAACAAUUUAUUAAAACUUGGUUUAGUUUUAUGAAAUACAGUAUAUAAUAAAAUAAUGUGCCUAUAUGAACUCCACUGCUGCUAAAGAUGUACAUAUGACAUUGCAUUUGAAAUAAGUGUGAGUACUAUAACUGUAUCUGCAUUUAUUUUGUUUUAGCAGUGGGGGUGAUUGCUAAUUUUCUUUUCCUUAAAAUAUCUCUGCAGUGUUUUCUACCCAUGACAAUGUAUUUUUUUUUAUUUUUUUAUUUAUGUUAAAAUAGUGAAAUGUAUUGUAAAAAAAAUAUUUGUUACAAGUCAGUACAUAUAAAUACAAUUGAUUUUUUUUUAAUGUUCUGUUUCGGAGGGAAAAAAAAGUAUGAAAUAAAAUUGCCUUAUGGUAGUACACAAUUUUACAGUCAUAUGAAAUCUGUGCUAUUUUUAACAUUAAUGUUGGUUACGUUUGCUUAAAUAAAUUGAAUACACCAUAUAAAAUA